AUGGCCAUCUCGAUGGCUGACUGUCCGGUGGAAGAAAAAGGCCCCAAGCAGAGUAUGUGGCAUAAACUGGGCCUGCGGAAAUGGCUGGGUCGCGACGAUCGAGAGUCAGGGGAAGACGCCCCCCGCCGUGCCUCUGCCGACUGUCCCAAAGAUAAAGAAAAACAGGAUAAUAUCACUCGUCGAAUCUCACGGAAGGUCGGUGUUGGUCUGCCACGCACAACAACCUUCAAACGACGGAGUUCCGAACAACGCGAUCGCCUCGCUCCCCUCGACCCCGAACCACAACAUCGCCGAGCCCUGUCCGCCGACCGCGAUCCCUUGACUUCACGAUCAAGGUCUCCCCCCGUGGACCCCAGACUUUCCGCGCCCGAGGUACAGUGGAUCGGGCCGCCUGCAACCACGGUCGAGUCACAUUCCGAUCCCGAACCAAAUGUCCAGACACCCGACUGGGCCCCCUAUCCGGACAUGGACGCGGAAUCAGAAUCAGAGCCGGAGAAACUACCGGAGGAAACAUUUGAGUUGGAAUUGGAACAACGAUGGAUUUUGAACCUGAGCAUGCACUUCCGGGACCGGUCAGAGCGAGAGAAGUUCUUCGUGACAUACGCAGAGGCCCCGAACCGAUGGCGACGAGUUACGAUUUCAUGCGAUUACCGCGACGCGCCACCCGACUCGCUGGAACGAGACCUGAAGGAGCUGCGGUACCAGCGCGACAAAUGUGCCCGCAUCUACGAGUCCAUUCGUGAAUCUCUCCUCGAGAUCCAGUUCUAUGAUACUGUCACGAAUCUCAAGCUGGAGACGCUUGACGGCCGCUUGCACGUCCAUGUCACGGAGGAUGUGAACGAAACGAUCCCAUACCCACCUAUUUCCAGCAUUGGUCAUUUAGGGGGCGCUCGAUGCGUCCCUGAACACUUCCUACACUUCGAAUCGCAUCUUUCUGGUUUUGUUUACAAAGUCCAACUCGGUGGACGGGCCUAUAUCAAGAAGGAAAUUCCGGGACCUGACACGGUGGAUGAGUUCCUUUAUGAGAUCAAUGCGUUGCAUGCGCUCAAUGGUGCUCCCAGUGUCAUCCAGGUGGAAGGAAUUGUCGUUGAUGAACGACGAGAUGUGGUCAAGGGCUUGCUGAUCAGCUAUGCUGAACAGGGCGCGCUGGUCGAUAUAUUGUAUGAGCAACGCGGGAAAACGAGCUUUGCGAGACGCGAGCGCUGGGCUAGGCAAAUUGUUCAAGGUCUCUGCGAGAUCCAUGAAUCGGGAUACGUGCAAGGCGACUUUACACUUGCCAACAUUGUGGUGGACGCUUAUGACAAUGCUAAGAUUAUUGAUAUCAACCGCAGAGGAUGCCCCGUGGGCUGGGAGCCACCUGAAAUUGCCGCCAAAAUUGAGAGCAAUCAGCGCAUUUCCAUGUAUAUUGGAGUCAAAACUGAUCUGUAUCAAUUGGGAAUGACCCUGUGGGCAUUAGCGAUGGAGGAGGACGAACCCGAACGACAACCACGACCCCUUUUCCUCGGCGAAGAUGCGAUGGUACCAGAUUACUACCGGCGGAUAGUCGAUAUCUGCUUGAGCCCAACUCCACGACACAGACUCUCCGCGAAAGAACUUCUUUCCAUGUUUCCCUCUGAUCUCCCAACGGCAAGGGCAUCGCCCGCUGUUCAAUCUGUGGAGAUCGUCCCGAAUGACCCCAGGCACAUUCCCAUUAAACAUAACUGGGCUCACCCUCCGGCCUCUGGGAUUGGGCUGUCUCUACCCCGAGGAUUCAUGCGUCAGACCGAUCAAUACUCUUCACAGAAAGAGUUUGCGGACAAUACAUAUAGAGAUCUGCAACAACCAAUCUUCGCUGAUAACAACGACCCUGGAAACCGAUCUACUAUCACACUUGCAGAAUGCAACGGAGAUGCUAGCUAUCCAUCCAAACCAUCUUCUUCAUCUACCUUGAAUCACCACGAACCUCAUGAUCCUCAUGGUUAUAUGGAUGGCCAUCCCAGUCGUGAUUUUGUGCCCGGUUUAUCUCGUGAAAACCCCGAACCAGAGAUUCUUCCGGCUUCGCAGACAACAAUAACACCAACUAGCAAUGAUUUCCACGACUACAAAACGGAAGAGCUAGAGUUGUCAGAUGAGGUCGUCUAUCUUGAUGAUGCUCUUCUGCACGAUCAUCAGACUUUCGCCAACCAACCGUUGACUACCCCGACUCCUGAUCAUCAUCAAACCGACGAACGUGCCUCACACAUCGCUUCUCCGUCCAUUCCGCCUACUGAACCACCUCGAAAAGAUACUGGGAUUCAAUUAUAUGCCAAGGGCACCGACAUCAAGCCAUCGUCGCCAGCACCCUCAUCCGCAGUCCUACCAUCAUCUCUUAUCCUCUCCGCCUUGCCCAUAAAUCCCGCUUUUGGUCCGCCUAGCACUCCCAGCUCUCAACAUACAUCUUUGGUUGAUACCUCAGCUGCGUCCCCACCAAGGAGUAGCGGCGUGGAUCGACCAUUUGCAGGAGUCGUCGGUAUCAAACCUUCCUUCACAACACCACCGCCUACAGCACCAUCUCUAUUCCUCUCUGCUUUGCCCAUGAACCCAUCUCUACGCUACCCUGGGAACUACUUCCCCGAAUCUACCACAACGAUCUCUGUGGCUCCAUCUCUUCCUGAACUACCUAGGCAGGAUGCUGAAGAACCUUUCGCAAAGAAGACUGCCGACAUGCAGCCUUCCGUCAUAACCUCAUCCUCUCUAUUCUCCUCGAAUUUACCUUUGAAUCCUUCCUUAAAGCACCCCGAAGCUUCCUGCAGCAACCUGGUCAUCCCAUCUCAAGCGAACGUCAGCCUACCAUCAAAAGAAGAUAUGGGUCAAUUGUCGACAAACAUUACCAUGGCCAGUGAUGCAUUGAUGGAACCAUAUUCGGCAACCUUACUUUCUCUCUCGGCCUUGCCCAUCAAUCCUGCCAUUGGCCCUUCCUGUGCCUCGUUGGACAAUAUGGUCACUGCAUGUUCCGUAAAUCCACCUCUACCGAAGUUGCCAAAUCGAGAUGUGAAACCGACAUCUGACAAAGUAGCUGAUAUCAUCGAUGUGCCAGCGGCCUCGUAUUCAUCCUCACUCAGCCUCUCAGCCUUACCCAUCAACCCAGCUACGCCUCACCUAGAAGCACCAAGGUCUUUCAGUACCACGUCGUUGACCAGCCCACACUCUAUCAAGACAUCGGAGCCAGAAGAUGCUCCUCAGCCAACCAAAGGGGCCAAUAUCAAACACACAUUGAGAAGAGUACCUGGCUACGAAUCAUCUCUUUUCGUGUCGGCCUUGCCUAUAAACCCUGCUCUGGCAGAGCUCAAUACCAACACCAUCUCGGCUAAUGCAGAGACGGCCCCUCCUGCUCAACUUUCACCCCAAACCAAACCAAGCCCCGGCCAACAGAGCCAAUUAUCAUCCCAUUUCAGCGAAUCGCAACCCAGGAAUUUCAACCUACCCCAAACCAGCUGA